UGCUUCCUUUGCAAUUCCCCUGCAGCCAGGGCUGUACAGCAUGGCGCAGACCAAAACCAGCAUACUGAGGGGCCUGCUCUUCUCCAGCCUUCUGCACCUCACCCUGAGCCAUGCUGGAGUUUUCCUGGAAAAGGGGCAGGCGUUGUCACUGCUCAAGCGCCACCGACGUGCCAACAAGGGAUUUCUAGAAGAGAUGCUUAAGGGAAACUUGGAGCGAGAGUGCUUGGAGGAGAUUUGCAGUUAUGAGGAGGCUUUCGAAGCCCUUGAAUCCACCGAUCAGACGGAUAUAUUUUGGUCAAAAUACCAAGUAUGUCAGGGCCUGGGAAAGGCCAGGAGAGUUCUGGAUGCUUGUCUAGAAGGCAACUGCGCUCUUGGGCUGGGCCAGAACUAUCGGGGAACAAUUAGCCAAACCAAGUCUGGGAUUGAAUGUCAAGUGUGGACAAGCAAAUAUCCACAUAUUCCUAAAUUUAAUGCCACCAUCUAUCCCAGCCUCAUUGAGAACUACUGCAGGAACCCAGACAACAACUCAGAAGGCCCAUGGUGCUACACCCGAGACCCAACGGUAGAACGGGAGGCGUGUCCCAUCCCCGUGUGUGGUGAAGAUAGAACAACAGUUCCAUUCACUCCACGGGCCGCAGAACCUGAACCAAUGGAGCCUUGUGAACCAGAGAAAGGCAUGCUUUACACAGGGACUCUCUCAGUCACUGUGUCUGGAGCUAAGUGUCUACCAUGGAACUCUGAGAAAGCCAAAGAGGUGCUCCAUGGAAAACAAGUUGACCCAGAAGUGGAGCUGCAGGAGAAUUACUGUCGGAAUCCAGACAGAGAUGAUGAGGGUGUCUGGUGUGUCACAAAUGAAUCACCCUACUUUGACUACUGUGAUCUGCACUACUGCGACAGCUUGCUAGAGGAUGAGAACCAAGAGUCUGAGGGAUUAUCAGGACGUUCUACUCUUCCUAAAGAGUUCAAACCCUUCUUUGAUGAAAAAACUUUUGGUUCAGGUGAAGCAGAUUGUGGCACUCGUCCUUUAUUUGAGAAGAAAAAGAUAACAGACCAAAGUGAGAGGGAACUGUUGGAUUCCUACACAGGAAGAAUUGUUGCUGGGGAUGAUGCAGAAGUUGGCAGCUCCCCCUGGCAAGUGAUGCUCUACAAAAAGUCUCCUCAGGAGCUGCUGUGUGGUGCCAGCCUCAUCAGUGACAGCUGGAUCCUGACUGCUGCUCAUUGUCUUUUUUAUCCACCCUGGGACAAGAACUUAAGUACAAGUGACAUAUUGGUGCGGAUUGGCAAGCACGUAAGAGCAAAAUAUGAAAAGAAUAAAGAGAAGAUUGCUCUGCUGGAUAAAAUAAUCAUCCAUCCCAAGUACAACUGGAAAGAGAACAUGGACCGAGACAUUGCACUUAUGCACUUAAAGAGACCCAUCAGCUUCAGUGACUACAUCCAUCCUGUCUGCCUGCCUACCAAAGAAGUCGUGCAGAGGCUGAUGCUGGCAGGUUACAAAGGGAGGGUAACUGGCUGGGGAAACUUGAAAGAAACGUGGGCCACUAGCCCCUCCAACUUGCCCACAGUUCUGCAACAAGUUAAUGUGCCCAUUGUAGAUCAAAGUACCUGCAAGGCAUCCACCAGAGUCAAAGUCACUGACAACAUGUUCUGUGCAGGUUACAGUCCUGAUGCACUAAAGAGAGGAGAUGCCUGUGAAGGGGACAGUGGAGGACCUUUUGUAAUGAAGAACCCAGAUGACAACCGUUGGUAUCAAGUGGGAAUAGUUUCAUGGGGAGAAGGCUGUGACCGAGAUGGCAAAUAUGGAUUUUACACCCACGUAUUCCGCCUGAAAAAGUGGAUACGAAAAGUCAUCGAAAAUCAAGGGCGAUAGAUGAAGCAUUUACCUUGCCUGGUCUCAGUUUUGCUACAAUGCUCCACUUUGAAACAUAAGCAUAGAAGAUCCUGAAGUAAAACAAGUUAUAUCCUUACAACUUGAGAAAAGGAAGGUCUUAUCCCUUGAAAAUAAAAGCUCUGAAACCCAUCUUCUUCCUUUUAUUCA